GUAAGAAGAUCGUGGUGUCAGUCAGCGGCUGGUUAGGUUAAUUAGCAGUUUAGUGUAAAGUGCUAAAUCGCAAUGUCUAAGAUUAUUCGUAAAAUCAUUUCAACUACCAAAUGUCCAAAGCCGUUAGCUCCAUACAGCCAAGCUGUUGUAGCCGACCGCACAGUAUAUUGCUCGGGAGUUAUCGGUAUUCAGCUAAAUGAACCAAAAUUGGUCCCUGGAGGAGCAGUUGCACAAACGGCCAUGGCAUUGGAGCACUUGAAGAAUCUCCUGCAAGAAGCCGGAUCUGGUAUCGAUAGAGUAGUUAAAACAACAGUGCUGUUGGCUGAUAUGAGUGAUUACACCGCAGUCAACGAAGAGUACAAGAAAGUUUUUAGCGAUAGCUUUCCGGCUCGCACUUGCUACGCAGUAUCGAAACUCCCUCUUGGUGCUGCUGUUGAGAUCGAAGCCGUGGCCAUCGUCGGGGAAGUAACCCAAGUUAGCUAAGUUUCCCAGUGAUAUUUCGACAAAUGUUGGAACUAUAAAAGUACUCCCACAAAUUAAUAAUAUUUCGAAAAUAAAGU